GGUCAAAUAUUAUUUCAACGUUAUUUUAAGAAUAAAUCAUCACAACUGACAACCUUAAUGUUGGCUGUCAGUCGACGCUUGGGCUUCCCUCAACCUCCUGCUAUUCACUGGCCAAGUAAACCAGCCUACAAAAAUUUCCUACCUCCUAAACAGCAUCCUGUACAUAAGGAUAAUAACGUGCAAGUUGAUCUGGAUGAUUUUCUUGGUCCUAUAGGGCCACAGCAAUCAUCUGCUAGAUAUCAGUCUAAUUAUACAGGACCAGGUGGUUCAGCCUCUUUCGCUUCUGUUUCUUCUUAUGAUGGAACUGCUAUUGCUAAUCCCUUUUGGUUGUUCCCCUCCACUCCUUGGGAACCUUUCCUUCCAUCUGACGCUGCAUUUGAAACGG